AUGCUCAAGACCAAGUCAAUUGACCUGGACGACAAAGAUGUCGAGACAAGAAAGAUCGAAGAAUUGAAGGAGAAGCUGAAAAAGAUCAAAGAAAGAGAGCUGAAAUUGUUCUCUAAGAUCCAGAAACAAUCACAGCAGAGCUACGAGAGGGUUGGGAACGAGAGCAAGAACUUAGCGCUCAGUGCUCCAACUCGGCCAAGGCCCUUAUCCGCGUCAGGGUCAUUGAAAUCUCCUUUGCAACGUCAGAGUCUGGGCUCAUCCCUCUUUGCGGUCCCUAAGGCAAGGCUUCCUCCCAGCCUGCAAAUCCUCAAUGACUCUGAAACGACUCCCAAGAAAUCUCGGUACCCGAUGCUUCCUUCUGUGCUUUGCAUACUUGACGUUCCGCAUUUCUCGCCAGCGACCCUUGGAUCCCGGGAGGAGCUUUGUGGCAAUCAUCGACGCCAACAAUGUCAUGGCAUCGGGCUCCUGGCAAAGAAGUUGAAAGCUCCAAGAAAGAGAACCUACGCCAGUCCAUUCCGAAAUAUUUCCAUGAAGUCAAACCAGACUGAGAGGUUCGAUUCAUGGGCCGUCGUGAGCGGCGAUGUGAGGAUCUUCACGGAGAACGGAAAGAUGCAGCUACAGGGGAAGAGCGCUGUUAGGCAUUGCAAGGUCCUCAGCUCCAGUCAGAUCGUCAGAUUUGUCUUCCGAAUUCCGCCGCCUCUGAGCGGCUGCCGAGCGGUCGUGGAUUUAACCUCAGGCGAUGUCAACUCCAAGUACCACCGAGCCUUCAAACUGUGGAUCAGACCCGACGGGGACAUCGGCUUCUCUCUCACGACAGGACGAUCCUCCCGCAAGAAUGCUGAGAGCAAGUUGAGGAUCGGAUCGGUAAACGCUGAUGAAUGGUACGUCGGGCAACUUGUGGUGGGAGCAGGAAACGACGCAUGUGACUACGGCAUCGACGUGUGGAAGGUUCCAGGUCAGGCUGGGUCGCACAGGGUCGCUCCGAAGGUCCAGCAGAGGAUGGAAGAGGGGAGGGGAGGUGACGGGAGGGAGUUCAGGCACCACUGCCGCCUGUCCGACGAUGAGAUCCACGAGGAGGAACCGAUGAGGUUCGACCUUUCCUUCAGCCAGAGGAUCGGGACCCCCUCCGACGACCUGAGGAAAGUGCGGGAGACCCUCUGCCAGGACAUCGCAUACUCCAUUGCAGGAGCUGUGGAUAAGAUUCGAGUCAUUCGCCUCAACUCUGACUGGGACGUUGCACAAGUCAUUCUUGAGACAGGCGUGUUGCCUGGAAAGAGCCCGAGGGAAGUCGCUAUGAAUCUCAUCGAGCAGCUGAAAGAGAGCAACUCGCUGCUGCUGAGAGGAAAAAUCACAAGGCACGCAAAGGAGAUCAAAGUUUACCAGCAGGCUUUCAUUAGAGAAAAGAAGAAGGUGAAGGCGAGAAGAAGGAGCGAUCAGGAAGAGGAGGAGGAGGAGGAGGAGGAGGAGGACGGGAUGCAUCGAAAGUGGAGUCGAGUGUGGGAGCUGGAAGUAAGACUGGAAGGAGGAGGUUUUGAGGUGGACACGUGGCGAAUUGAACCGACGGUGAGGAUGCGAGAGGAUCAAAAGCAGGAGGGUAGGAAGCAGCUCAAGCUUAAGGAAGUCAAGAAGAAGACCAAGAGAUCCAAGGAGAAGGAGGAGGAGGAGGAGGAGGAGGAGGAGGAGGAAGAGGAGAGAGGACGCGGCGGAGAGUUGGACGCUCAGCACAUCGCGGAGACCUGGGGAGUUGAAAAGGUGGUCAAGUUCAUCGACACGUUCAGAAUGGAAUUUGCGAAUGAUUGCGACCUCUACUGCGAGAUCUUCCGUCAGAACGAAGUUGAUGGUCGGACCCUCCUCGGUCUCACCAUGAGUGACCUUGAGAAACUUGGAAUAAGAGAGGAAGAGCAUCGGCUUCUCAUCCUCCGAGAGAUCGAAGCGCAUCUCCUCGCCUGCGGCAGAAAGCAGAUCAACGACGUGUACGCGUCCAGGAUCAAGCACAAGUCACUUCCUAACUCACUGCAACUCGAUCCUGUCCGAGUUCUGUUAGAGUCUAUCAGGAGAGACAUCGGGGACGACAAGGUGUACGAGUACAAGUCGCUCCUUGCUGCCAGCGGCAUCUCCACCCUCUCGCAACUUCUCGCCGUAACUGACCAGAAGCUCCUCCAAGCCGGCAUCAAGGCUCUCGGGCACAGAAAGCUCCUGCUUGCUCGUGCGGAGAUCAUGAAGCUCCUUCCUCUCGGUGACUUCACUUCUUCAUCCUCCUCCCACUCGCUGACAUCCAAGCAAGAUGAGCUGCAGCAAGCCAACGAGGAGCAGGAGGGGAAACGCGAGCACGAGUGGAAGAAGAUUUCCCAUCCUCUUCAGGAGACUUUCAGCAUGACUGCCGGGCCCUCCCUUGCCAACCUCCCCAAGGACUGCCAGGAGUACAAGGAGGCCAACGAGUUCUUCAGCAAGUGGUACAGGUUGCGAGCUGGGACUCAGGUGGAGUUGGAAGCCGUGCAGCGCGUCCUGCUCGCUCCCGGCAUGAUCGAGAGGUUCAACAGCGUCAAGUCCCAGCUGAGAAAUCCCUUCGCUCCUCUUCUCCGCCUCCUUUAUGCUGGCAACGGCCAGCAGAGUCCCCAGCAGAUCUGUGCCGACGGUUUCGAGCUGCCCAAGGAGGAGGGAGAGCACGGGCGGAGUCUUGACUUUGUUGGGGCCCUGCGCCCACUGUGCCUGCACCCCUGGGCGUUUCCUCGCGGCAAACACUCCGUCCUCCUCUGCGACGUGGCGGUGGGCAUCAGCUGGAGAGUACCAGAGCAGGUGGAGAAGCUGGUUGGGGAGUGGGAUGAGGCAGCAGCGGGCGUGAGCAUGUCAAGAGUGACGGACUGGGCGGCGUCACCUCAGGGUUGCGAGAAGCUGAGCGAGACUGGAUGGAUGAAGAUUUCAGCUGGAGGGCUGGUGGAGACCAGGCGCUCGGCCGUGUCCUUGGGAGAGUCGUUGUGCUUCUCCCUCAAGUUCUCCUCCCAGCAGGACGUGGUCUGUGUGGGGCCGGUGGAGGUCGGGGAGCUGAGCAUGGGGAUGCGAGCUUCUUGCUUCCUGCAGCAGGGUGAGUGGGGGACCAAGAGGUUCCGCAGGUUCGGCUUCACCCUGGGGAGCGACGGGAUCGUCAACCUGAUCCGAGAGGAGGGAGGGAGAAAGGAGGACGCAGCUGUAUCAGAGGAUCCCCGCUUCCCUUCCUGCCUGACCUUGGGGAGGCUCGAGGAGGACGUCUGGUACUCGGUGGAGUGGAGGAUCGGGUCGGGGAGUAGGAGAGAGGGAGGAGGGGAGCUGAGGUUGGACGUGUGGCUGGGGCGGUCGCAGGCAUCGACCCAGCAGGAGGGGAGCAGGGGACGUCACGCAGCUCGGCCCUGCAUCUGCUCGCACCAGUCUUCCUUCCCCGGGGAUGGAGGGGAGGAGGAGGCAGGCGGGGACAUGUGGCAGUGGAAGCCAGCGGUGCAGAUGGAGGGAGGAGGCAGACUGGAGGUGGACGACUGGUUGAAACUUCACCAGGAGAGGGAGGAGCUGGGAAACGAAGUUGACAAGGAGGUGUCAACGCACUCCCGCAGAGACUGCAAGCACGUUCCUCUCGACCGCGUUCGCUCGGCCGGGUACGACUCGGUCUACGCAGCCCGCAAGGUGAAGAUGCUGCACAAGAAGAGACUGGAGGAGGCGAGGAAGAGGCGGCAGGAGCUGCUGGUGCAGGGGGUGGAGAGAUGGAUGAAGCCAAGCUCGGAUGCUCUGAGAGAGGUGGAGAAGCUGCUGGGGGAGAUGAAAGAUGACAAGGGGAAGGAGGACUCGGCGAAAAAGAAAGGAAAGGUGGAGGAAUUGGAGGGUUACCUGCAGGGGGGGAAACGAAUGGGAUGCGCCUGCGAAGAAUGCGAGAAGCGCAAAGGGCUUGACAAGCUGGAGUUUGACAAGUUCGAGCUCGAGAAGGAUGGGAAAGAAAGCCCGAACCCCUUGGAGGAGGUGGACUUUGACAUGUACAGCAUCUACAAUGCCUUCCAAGCUCUCCCAAGGUACCUCAUCACCUUCUCCGUCAAGCUUAAGGAAGAGAGUAAGAGCGUCCAGACCCCCUGCUGGAUCUGUUCAGAGCCCCCGCACAAGCUGGUCCCUGCCGCCACCAAGAUCUUCCUCCACAUGGCAGGAGAGGACGUGGACGUCUGCUGGUCCUGCGCUGGCCUCUCCCGCGUCCCCGAUGCCCCCAUCAUGCUCGCUCCCGAGGUCUCCGACACGCUGGAGGAGGCCAGUCCGGGCUCUGUCCUCAACCUCCUCAACCUCAAGUGGACCGAGCCAGCAGCUCCCAGCCCCAUCCUGCUCUACGUGCUCGAGUGCGCUGCGCUGCCGGAAGGAAGCGACGACGUUGCUGAAGCAGGCAACUGGGUUGAGAUUGCGUCGCUUCCUUCCUCCACGAGCUUCUCAGUCAAGGCUGAUCUCGCGAGCAAGAAGCAUCUCGUCCCCGGCCAGUACUGCUUCCGCGUUCGUGCUCGCAAUGCCGCAGGAUGGAGCGCGUGGAGCUCCCCCGUCAUCCGCCGUCUGCAAGCGCCGAAGCAGGUCAAGAGGGAGGAGGAGACGAGGCAGCUGCUGUGCGAUCAAAGCUUCCCCUCUGAGAGAUCCGUCGUCUUCUCCUCCGCUCCCUACAGCGCUCAAGUGUCUCCCCCCUUGGCCUACCUCCACUCGCUGCAGGUGGAGAAGAGCAAGGAAGGAGAGACAGGGAAGGACCAGAGCUGGGAGGGAGUUCCUACCGGGGUCAAGAAGCCAAAGACGAAGGAGGAGAAGGAGAAGGUGGAGGAGAAAAGGGAGAGGGAGGAGGGAAGAGGAGGAGGAGGGCUAGCGAGCUUUGACGGGGAGCUCGCUCCUGUUGGGAGCCUUGAGAUGACGAAUUAUGUUCAAUACUGCUGCGCCUGGCAUCCCAAGGAAGAGACUCUGUGGCUCAAGAGCAAUGCCAACAGCUCGCUGGUUUUCGUGCAUGACAAGAAGGGAGAGGAGCAGCGAAGACUCGAGCUGCCGUGCGCAGCUAUCUGCAUGACCAUCAGCAAGGAGGGAGAGGUCUACUGCGGCAGUGGUUCCGACUUCUUCACCAAGCUCGACCCGAGUUUGAAUGUCGUCUGGAAGGUUCUCGUCCUCAACCGAAGCAGCGGCGCCAAGCUGCGCGUCAUCCACGUGAAGCCCAACUUGAGCAUGGCGCUGAGCCUCGUGGUGGUCGCCCCCGGUAGCAUGCGGAGGAAAUAG